AUGGCGAGCUACUCUUCGCGGCGUCCAUGCAACGCCUGCAGCACGAAGGCGAUGGCCGGGAGCGUGGUCGGCGAGCCCGUCGUGCUGGGGCAAAGGGUGACGGUGCUGACGGUGGACGGCGGCGGCAUCCGGGGCCUCAUCCCCGGAACCAUCCUUGCGUUCCUCGAGGCCAGGCUGCAGGAGCUGGACGGACCGGAGGCGAGGCUCGCGGACUACUUCGACUACAUCGCCGGGACGAGCACCGGCGGGCUCAUCACCGCCAUGCUCACCGCGCCCGGCAAGGACAAGCGGCCUCUCUACGCUGCCAAGGACAUCAACCAAUUCUACAUGGAGAAUUGCCCGCGCAUCUUCCCUCAAAAGAGCAGGCUUGCAGCCGCGAUGUCCGCGCUGAGGAGGCCAAGGUACAACGGCAAGUGCCUGCGCAGCCUGAUCAGGAGCAUGCUGGGCGAGACGAGGGUGAGCGACACGCUAACCAACGUCAUCAUCCCUACCUUCGACGUCAGGCUGCUGCAGCCUAUCAUCUUCUCCACCUACGACGCCAAGAGCAUGCCUCUGAAGAACGCGCUGCUCUCGGACGUGUGCAUCGGCACGUCCGCCGCGCCGACCUACCUCCCGGCGCACUACUUCCAGACCAAAGACGCCGGCAGUGGCAAGGAACGCGAAUACAACCUCAUCGACGGCGGUGUAGCCGCCAACAAUCCGACGAUGGUUGCGAUGACGCAGAUCACCAAGAAGAUGCUUGCCAGCAAGGACAAGGCCGAGGAGCUGUACCCAGUGAAGCCGUCGGAGUGCCGCAAGUUCCUGGUGCUGUCCAUCGGGACGGGGUCGACGUCGGACCAGGGCCUCUACACGGCGCGGCAGUGCUCGCGGUGGGGCAUCUGCCGGUGGAUCCGCAACAACGGCAUGGCCCCCAUCAUCGACAUCUUCAUGGCGGCCAGCUCGGACCUGGUGGACAUCCACGUCGCCGCGCUGUUCCAGUCGCUCCACAGCGACGGCGACUACCUGCGCAUCCAGGACAACUCGCUCCGUGGCGCCGCGGCCACCGUGGACGCCGCGACGCCGGAGAACAUGAGGACGCUCGUCGGGAUCGGGGAGCGGAUGCUGGCGCAGCGGGUGUCCAGGGUCAACGUGGAGACCGGGAGGUACGAACCGGUGCCUGGGGAAGGAAGCAACGCUGAUGCGCUCGCUGGGAUCGCUCGGCAGCUCUCUGAGGAGAGGAGGACAAGGCUCGCGCGCCGCACCUCCGCCAUCAGCUCCGGAGGCUCUAGACGUGUGCCUCAAAGGUCUCCAAUGUCUAAGAGAAGUGAAUUUGUUGACUGA